CCGAAUCUCCCAGCGUCGUAAUAAAUGCUCGACACAAAUCCCAUCUGCGCCAAUUCUAUGCACAAAGUACGAACCCAUCCCAUAAUAUACUGUCCACGCAGGCACGAGUACGUACGUACCUUAAUAUAACAACAUUCUUGUCAUCAUUCCUUGGUACCGAGCUACGGCCAAGGAGGUCAGUCGGGUAUGGUAUUCAAUUGUAGGUAGGGGAGCAACCAAAUUAGAAUAUCAGAAUGGCACCUUUUUCUUCACGUUCUCAAUUUAUCCAUUCGACGCGCGAUCAUUUUAGAGAGCCUCCGUCGGUUUUAAGUAGGUUGUUGUUGGCGCUGCCGACGGAUUUGGCGGUUAGUUUGCAGAGAAUGGCAGAUCAACAGAAUGUAGGUGUGGUUGGGGGAAUGUUAUCCAGGGUGUCAAGGUCAUUGAGGGGGAGGAUGAGGGAUUGGAGUUGGAGACGUGUUUUAAGUUUACCUCAUUUGCUGGUCUGUGUUUGGGUGGUGGUUCUGUUAUAUGGAGAGCGCUGGGUGUUUGAGGAAGCUGUGCGAGCUUGCGCUUGGGAGGAAUGGGAGAGAUGGGUGAGUUUUCUUGAUGGGGGUUUGAAAUCAUUGACGACGAGGCUGAUGAUAUAUUUGAUAUUAAUAGCCUCCAAAUACCACACCUCAUCAUUUAAUAUUUUUGGCAGAUCCUCAACUUACGGAUCCGCAUUCGUAUCCAGAUCGUCCAUGGCCUUUGUCAACAUUUACAAUAUGGCAUACGGAUAAUUACAUGAAGAGAUCUUAUAUACAGCUUUCGAAGCAAUUACAUCCAGAUACUGUAUUUUUCCUAGGGGAUUUAUUUGAUGGUGGAAGAGAAUGGAAGACGGCGCAUGGAAAUUCAGAAGACCAAGCAUGGGCAAAAGGACGUCGACCAGCAAAAGAGCAGAAACAUGUUGAAAGUUGGGGAAAAAGAUAUGGGGAGGACUUUUGGCUGCAGGAAUAUGGUCGCUUCUCUAGGAUUUUCUCGGACAACUGGAAUUUGGGAGGAUCAGAAGCUGGAGUUGGGCAAAGGGGACGAAAGCUAAUUGCUAGUUUACCGGGAAAUCAUGAUUUGGGGUUCGGUGCACAAAUCAAGGUUCCUAUUCGUGAUCGAUUCGAGGUCUACUUUGGAGAUGUAAACAGAGUGGAUGUUAUUGCGAAUCAUACAUUUGUUUCUGUGGAUGCGGUAUCAUUGAGUGCUGGAGCAUCAGAUCGUCCAGUCAGUGAAACUGCACCUAUCACUAAACCAGUCGAGGACUUUUUAAACAAUGUUCAAAUUACCAAACGAAAAGCCGUGGCUAGAGAAUUGGAUUUUCAAGCUGGAAAGGAAAGGGUUUUACAAUAUUCUCAUUCCGUUCAAGAUGUGGAAUUGGCUGAUUACGCACAUUUGCCAACUCUUGACCCUGGACCAAAUGGUGCUGGAUUUCCUACUAUCCUUCUUACUCACGUGCCCUUAUAUCGAAAUCCUGGGACUCCAUGUGGACCCCUUCGAGAACAUUGGCCGCCGACUCCUCCACCAAAAGGUCAAACUACGCCAGUUAUCCCUGAUCAUAGAAACGCCAUUAGUGUAUCCCGAGGCUAUCAAUACCAAAACGUCCUUAGUGAUGAUGACUCCAAAAAGCUCAUCUCGAAAAUCGGUAAUGUCGUUUCGGUCUUCUCAGGCGACGACCACGAUUACUGCGAGCUAGUACAUCCAGAAGAUAAAAACCACGCACGCGAAAUAACAGUCAAAAGUAUGAACUGGGCAAUGGGAAUUCGUAAACCCGGUUUCCUCAUGCUGAGUAUGUGGAAUCCAGUUGCGGCAGAUGGAAAGCCAUUACAUUCGGUACCUACAGGUCAUGGUGCCGAAAGUACGCAUACUUCAAACACCAUGGAAUCCCAUCUUUGUCUAUUACCCGACCAAAUAGGCAUUCUCAUAAACUACGGAAUCCUAGUGGGAAUAUCGCUCAUUCUCCUCAUCAUCCGAGCAAUUCUCGUCCCCUUUACAAACCUCAUGCCAUUCGCUUCUUCUUCAUCCCCUUCAAAGAGUCCUACCUUCGACUCCGAAUUCUCGCUCCUCCCAACAAGCAUUAAAGAUCUCAAACGCAGCGAAGAAGAAGAAAAAGAUCGUCUUAGUAAUUCUUCAACUUCUUCUACAUCCACGGUAAACAGUUCCGCAACUCGUACAUCUAGAACACGCACCUCGAGUCCAGCAAACGGUUACGGUCUCCCGGCAAAUUCUCAUGGUAUACCAUAUCAACAGCAACAACCAUUAAUAGAAAAAGCGGGAUAUUAUGGUGGAUUAGAAGGAAGAUUGAGGUGGGAAAGUGAGAGGGAAUUUGAGAGGGAGGUGGAGUUGGAGAGAAAAAGGAAACAGGAAUUGGAAAGGAGGAAAAAUUAUAGACCUUGGAAAAUAGUGGUUUGGUGGGGAAGAUUUAGGGGGACGGUGCCUGGACGUAUGUUGAGGGAAGUGGGUACAAGUGUUUGGAGGGUGGUGUGGGUGGUUGGGGGCGUAUUUCUGUGGUUUACUUGGUUUGGGUAGGCUUAGAUGGUAGUAGUGUAGUUAACUGGGUUUGGGGCGCUUUUUGUACUGCAUUUAGGAGUGUAUUUGCUUGCUCGCCUGCUACUAUUUAGUGUCUACUUUAUAUAGAUUUGUUUUAUAUUUUGUUUUUACUUCUACUUCCACUUCUGUUUCGAUUUAUUGUCGGCUUGCCGACACCAAAACCUUGCUGUACAUAUAGCGUAUCGCAAUUUACCUGGUGUAGGUCAUAGAAA